UGUUGCUGUGGCAGCAAUGAACUCGGUGUGGCUGCUAAGACCACUUGAGACGCUUCCUCCAUGCCCAGCAGUGGCCCUGUAGCGAGCUCCCCGGCCCGCAGCCCCGCAGUUGUUCCCUGAGCAGCUGCACUGCGCUUCUGGUGUGUCCUCGCAUCUUCUGGUACGUCCAUGUCUGCAGUUCCUGAAGAAGUGAAAAGCCUGGCCGUCUUUUGUGACCCUUGGCUUUCCACCGUUCCUGCUAAGGACGACAGGAGCUGGGGGGCUUUGAACGCUUCUGAAAAGUUUCCCCCAGCACUUUGUCAUGUGCAAAGCUUGUGACGAUGCCUGGUGUUUUCUUCUUGAACUGCUUCCCUGGGCUAGUGCUUCUAACCACAGACUGGUUUCCCACUUCAUCUGAAGCAUGUGUGAAAGUGGAUGACUUAACAUGUGCCGUAUUAAAUGCAGAGAUUGGAAAACAAGGCCUGUUUAAAACAAGGAAAAACAACAGAUGCCUUCUUGAAGUAUCACAGAAAAUUGCUUUUUGGACAAACAAGGGGACCUUCAAAAAGCUCAGCUGGGCUUGGCAGUGAGAACAGCUGUAAGAGCUGGGGAUGGCCAGCCCCAGCAUCUGAUGAAUGCUGGAACUGGGGGAGCCACGUGAGCUCUGGGGCUGCUGGGCUGCCCAGUGCCCCUCUGGGGGAAGGUGGCCCAUGCUGCACCCAGCUGUAGCUCGAGUCUCUCAGUUGCAGGUAGCUUGGCUUCCUCCCCUCUCCCCCCCCUUCCUCCAACUGGUCUUCCAGCGAACAUCUGGAAACUCAGACUUCACAUUGUGAGGUUAAAAGAGGACUGCAAGAGGAAUGAUGGGAGGUGCUGAGGACUUGAGGCGUUGACAAAGGCAGUCAGUUUGGUACAGGAUUGGUGGGAGGUAGAGUCCUGUGGGCAGACCAAGAGGAAAGGGGAUGAGAGCAGACAGUGGAGACUGCUUGGGAACUAAAAGGCUGGUAGGGUGAAUGCUGGGGCUUCUUGAAAUUGUAGUCAGGCUUGGAAGAGGGAUCAGGCAGACAGGUGUCUAAACAGCCUGUAAGUAAAGGCAGGCUGCCCUGGAGCUAUGGAAAUGGAGUAAAAUCUCUUGCUCUGCCCUGCUUUCAGAGCUUCUCCACUCACCUGGGUAACUGCUGCCUGUGCAGGACUGGGCCUGGAGUUCAGGAGUGACUUCUAGCAUACAGGUUUUUACGUAGUAGGUCUGCUUCUGUCUGUGUUCUGUUUCAGCAAGAGGAUUUAGAGUUGUUCACCCUUCUGGGUCUACCCAGGGUUGAAACAUCUGGCUGUUUUUGUUUGUUCUCUGCUGGUGGUUUGGCAGCUGUGCCAAACAAGUGCCAGGCAGCCGCCGGUGUCAGCGUGGGCAUUGCACAGCCCCCUAAUGCUGCUCCGUGGUGCUCUGUGGGGCACUUCUCUGCAGUAUCCUCUGCGUGUACUGUGGACAUAACGCCUUGUACACGCUUCCUAAGGCCAGGGAGGGUGGAGAUCAGCUAAGGCUGGAGGUAAACUCUUGAGACUGUAAGUGCAUCACAGUGCAGCACCUGUAGCAAACUUAGGAAGACGAGCAUUUGGCCUGGACUUUGCUGGUGUUGACCCCCAUGAUAAUCUGGAAAGCUUUAGCCACCUGAUAAUAGCACUCUGUUAAUGCACAUGUAGAAAUUGGUUGUCCGAUGUUGUGGUUUUGAGCUGAGAUCUUUCCUUUUUACCCUCAAAUCAAAGGUGAAUCUCUUGGGUGCCUUUUGCCGUGGGCUUGGAUUGCAAGUCCCAAAGUUGGGUUACUUUUAUCUGUGUGUUCAGACCAACGUUGUUCAUGUGGGCAUAGCUGCUAUAAAGGGCCAAGUUAAAUGUGGAAAUGAUUAAGGCUCUAAGAUAGUAGCGUGCCAGCAUCUGCACUGCAUGCCGCUGUUAAUCCCAAGAGCCCGAAAGGAACAUGAAGACCCAAGGCACAAUACAGGAGAUCUGCCUGGUUAAACAGAUGUGGGCCCAGAAAGGAAUAACAUGCUUAAGUACCCGGCACCUGCAAAGAAAUGGCGAACUCUGUCUACUUGGUUAUGGAGUACUGUAACGGUGGUGACCUGGCAGACUAUCUUCACACUAUGCGGACACUUAGUGAAGACACCAUCAGGCUCUUUCUCCAGCAGAUAGCAGGUGCUAUGAAAAUGCUGCACAGCAAAGGCAUCAUCCAUCGGGACCUGAAACCGCAGAAUAUCCUCCUUUCCUACGCUGGAGGCAGGAAAUCAAAUCCCAACAACAUUCGCAUAAAGAUUGCUGACUUUGGGUUUGCCCGAUAUCUGCAGAAUAACAUGAUGGCAGCAACACUGUGUGGUUCGCCAAUGUACAUGGCACCAGAAGUCAUUAUGUCUCAACACUACGAUGCCAAAGCUGACCUCUGGAGUAUAGGAACCAUCAUUUAUCAGUGUUUAACAGGAAAGGCUCCUUUUCAGGCCAGCAGCCCGCAGGAUCUUCGUCUCUUCUAUGAGAAAAACAAGAUGCUGAUGCCAAACAUCCCCAGGGAGACGUCAAGCCACCUGAGGCAGCUGCUGCUGGGCCUUUUGCAGCGUAAUCAUAAGGACCGCAUGGACUUUGAUGAAUUUUUCCAUCACCCUUUCCUGGAUGCAAGUGCCUCUAUGAAAAAAUCUGCUUCUGUGCCAAUGCCUUCUUAUCCCAGUUCAGGCUCUGGUAGUUCCUCCAGCAGCUCUUCUACUUCCCACCUGGCAUCACCUCCCCAGUCCCUUGGAGAGAUGCAGCAGCAGCUGCAGGAGAAGGCGCUGGCAUCUCCUACCCAGGAUUCCCCCGGCUUUCUGCAUGGAUCUAAGGACUCUGCUGGAAGCAGCAGUAAGAAUUCGUCCUGUGACACAGAUGACUUCGUUAUGGUCCCAGCACAGUUCUCAAGUGAUCUGACUGCUGAGGCUGCAGGAGGGAAACCAAUCCAAGACAGCCUGAUGUACAGCGGGAGUUCUCUGGUGACUUCAGCAGGCUUGGAAAGCCAGGGAAGGACACCAUCUCCUUCACCCCCAUACAGCAGUUCUCCUAGCCCGUCCAGCCGGCCAGGUCAGUUUUCUAGCAGCAAGUACGGACACUCCGUGCCCAUUCCGGUCCCAACGCAAAUUCACAACUACCGGCGGAUCGAGCAGAACCUGCAGUCUCCCAAUCAAUACGCCUCUCCGCGGUCUGGUACGGUCCGGAGGUCCAGCAGUACAAGUCCUCUUGGUUUUCCUAAAACUGGUGCUUCCCCUCCUUAUCUUGGAGAGCAUGGACCUGUGCCCAGCUCUAGAAAGCUCUCCUUCGGCGGUGCCAAGCCGUUUAUGCCAUCACCACAAGUUGGAACAAUCCCAGAGCAGCCCAGCCAGACUGUUAUCCCCUCUUCUCUUGGAGCAGAAGUGAGAAGCCGGAUUCCUGUCGCCGGUUCCUCGGCGCCCGAACACUCUCCUCGAGGGAUGGGCUCCCGGCUCCACAGCGCUCCCAACCUGUCAGAUUUGCAUUCCUGCAGGCAGAAGAUAACCAAGCAACACUCUGAUCCUUUCGUUGCUCACUUCGGUCAUACCCCAGUCAGCCAGCCUCUGCAGAUUCACGGCUUGCAGCACUGCCGGCAGCUCAGAUCCUCACCGAAGCUGUCCGAGUUCAUGCAGAGGAGCCCUUUGCCAACUAUAAUGGGCUCCCCUACAAAGGCUGUGUCCCCAUUUGAGUUCCCCAAAACCCCAAGCUCCCAGAAUCUUCUCACCCUCUUGGCCCAUCAGGGAGUCAUGAUGACUCCGACACGCAACAAGACCUUGCCAGAUCUGAAGGAGAUGGGUCAUUUUCACUGCCAGCAAACUGGCUUGGGAUUGAGGCCUGUGGAAGAGAUCAAGGGCAGAUCUCUGAGCACGGGCAGGCUCACUGACCUGCUUCUGAAGGCAGCCUUUGGGGCACAGAUCUCGGAAGCUGGCAGCAACGACAGCCUGAACAACGAGAAGCCGAUGGAAAUUGCAGCUCCCUCAGGUGCUUACGGAGGGACCCUGCACUCUGGUGCCCGGGCUGGGGGCUCUGCCAGCCCAUCCCCAGUGAUUUUUACUGUCGGAUCCCCUCCCAGUGGAACAACCCCCCCACAGACCACGAGGACCAGGAUGUUUUCAGUGGGGUCUUCCAGCUCUCUCAGUUCUGGAGGCUCGUUCACCGGCAGGCACUUGGCAGUGGGAACCGGUGGGGAUGCUGCGGAAGGUCCCUCAAGUCUCCGGUACGCUUUUGCUGAUCCGAUCACCGCCAACCUGGAAGGUGCUGUUACGUUUGAGGCACCAGAGUUGCCCGAAGAGACGCUCAUGGAGCAAGAGCACACUGACAUCCUGCGCAGCCUCCGCUUCACGCUGGCCUUUGUCCACUACGUGAUGGAAAUCGCCGCCCUUAAAGGCAGCUCCAGCGAGAUGAGCAGUUCGGUGACAUCAGAGUACCAGCUCCAGGAGAGCGUGGUGGCCGACCAGAUCAGCCUCCUCAGCCGGGAGUGGAGCUACGCCGAGCAGCUCGUGCUGUAUCUGAAAGUAGCAGAGCUUCUGUCCUCGGGGCUGCAGAUGGCCAUAGAGCAGAUCAAAGCUGGCAAGCUGUGCCUCUCCUCCACCGUCAAGCAAGUUGUGAAGAAGCUGAAUGAGCUUUAUAAAUCCAGUGUGUCAUCCUGCCACUGCCUCAACAUGAGACUCCAGAGGUUCUUCUUGGACAAACAGAAACUCAUGGAUCGGAUCAACAGCAUCACGGCGGAGAAGCUCAUCUUCAGCUAUGCUGUGCAAAUGGUGCAGUCUGCGGCCCUGGAUGAGAUGUUCCACCACAGAGAGGACUGCGCACAGAGGUACCACAAGGCUCUGCUGCUGAUGGAGGGGCUCCUGAACAUCAUCACUGAACAGGGGGACAUAGAAAACAUCAAUAAAUGUAAACUGUGCAUCGAGCGCAGGCUGUCAGCUCUGCUGUCCGGGUUCUGCGCCUGAUUUCAGUGUCGUCGUUCCUCACGCGCCUCGCCCCGGCUGAUCGCUCUGUUUCCAGCGGCCUGCUGCUGUGGUGGGAAACGAUUUUGGCAGUAGGAAACCUGGAGGAUGAACUGCUCAAUGUUUUGUGUUUUGGGAAAUUAUUCCACAGACUCGGAUUCCUUCGCGGGGAUGUGUGACUGCAGCAAGCACAAAUACUUCCCUGCCCAAAGGCCUGGGCAAAGACGUAGCCGAUGUGGAAAGGUUUUCCUCGUUGGCAGAGGGAAUGAAGGAUAGAAGUCUGCUUCCUCCCAGCACUUUGAAGGAUAAGACUGCUGCCUACCCCUCUCGCUUAAGAACAGGGUAUUCCAGUGCUGUGUCCAUUGCAGGCGAUGGAUGUGCUGAAACUGCUGGCUUCAGUUCACGUUGGGGGGUGUCACUCAGAAAUCAAGGCCAGUUUGUGUACUUGUCCCUACCCAGCUGAGAGCCAGGCGUCUUCAAGCGUCCUGGCAGCCCCAGGCUCCCCUCCUUUCUCCCCUGUGUCCCUCCUCAGAGGUGUUUAUGCCUUGGAGUCCUUGCUGACUGGCAGAGAGGAGGGAGGUGGCUCCCUUUUCCCUGAGCGUUGCUGAAGCAGGUCCCACCUCCGACAGGCUUACGGAGCGAGGCGGGGGACGCGCUGCGCUGGGGAGGCUUGUCCCUCCCGUGGCUGCCACGCGGGCUGCCUCUCGCCUCGACGGGGAAGAGACCCCGCGCGGGAAACGGGAGGACGACAGAAAGCGUGACGCUCCUGUGUUUUAAGAAGCCAAAACGAAUCCGUUCCUCCCUUGAUCCCCAAGCUCAGCGGGAUCAACGUGAAAGGCUCCUGGCCGUUUGGCUCAGCCUCGUCAGUACAUAUCUACCCGGAGGAAGCACUAGCGCUGUCCUGCUUCCAGCUGUUGGCUCGAUCCCCCCCCGCCCCGGCGCCCUCAGCCCACCCCCGAACCGAAAACACUAGCUUUGUGAAUCAAAGGAGCACUUUACACACUAUGGGAACUUUGAGAAGUUGACUUUGCAUCACACGACAACCCAGGAACGUCGCGACUGUUAGGAAUGCUGUUCCUUUUAUUCCUUUCCUUGCUUCCUGGUUGUUUUAUUGCACUACGUGUGUGCGUAUAUUAAUAUGUAUUCCUAAGGGUGAAUAUAUAUUGAUAUAUAUAUAUGGUUUGUGUGUAACUGUACGUAUUUAACUGUACUGUAUCUUGUGAGUGUGAGGCAAAAAGCACUGCAGAGUCUGUCCUGUUCCUCCUCACACCAGGCAAAGCUGACUUGCAGUCUGGCAGUACCACGAUGUGUUUUGGUUUAGGUUUGUUUGGGUUUUUUUUCAUCUAUUUAAAUGUUCUUCUAAGGACAGUCAGUAUAAAGCUCCGUGCUUAAGAGCUCAAGAACAGGCAGUAAGAUCCUACACACUUACAAUUGGAAAUGCAUUUUUAUAAGUUUUAUUUGCUGCUUUGUUGUUGUUUUUUUUUUUUAUAAAGAAAUCUUGUAGAGUUGAGUUUUACGUUCAGCAUUUCUUUUAAGGAGGCUCUGUAGCCAAAUGAGACUGCGGGUGCGAGUGGCUCGAGUUCUGCUUGAGGCUUCGGAUGCUGUGAGCACGUGCGUGAGAGGAGAGCUGGCUGCCUUUCCGUCUGUCUGAGUGCGCGUGUGAGUCUUAAUUUAUCGGAGUCGUGGCAGUAUUUUGUUAGCGCUGGGCAGAAAAGUAUCUUCAAAAGCAACUCGAAACCUCAGGCUUUGUUUUUGGGGAUCUAAAAUUACUUUGCACAUGGUGGUUAAGUCCUUAUUGCUUUUUUUUUUUCUCUCACUAUUGGCACGUUCAGUGUGAUACUUUACAAGGGUUUCAGGAGCAACUUAAUUGAGUUUGGAGCCGGCAUCAUCUUGGCCAACGUGGGCGUUUCUGGUCACACGGCAGAGACGCCAAUAAAGAAAUUGAAAAAUAUUCAGGAUAGCCCCGACCAGGGAAGUUUAACGGUAGCUUUCACAAACGCUUCGGUCUUGGGCCGCUGUUACGUCGCGCGUUCACAGCCUGCUGCUUCUGUGGCCGUUUGUGCUUGUGCCUGGGGGGGGGGGGGGGGGGAAGUAAACAAAAACGACAAAACCAACCAACCGACCCCCGCCAGCCUGUGGGCAGAGGUGCCGAGGAGACCCAGACUGCUUCCGAGAGGGUGGUACCAGUUCUGCAAAGGGCUACGCUGCCGGCGGGCGCGCUCGGCCCGCGCUGACUCCGCACCCCGCUGCCCCGGGCACCCCGCGCCUCCGGGGACGGGCCGCAGCCUUGGCGAUCCCUGCGUGCGGCGAGCUCAGCGCUGACCUUCCAGCUGUACUUAAUUACUUGAAUGUAUCAAAAUUGUCCACAUUCAAUGUAUACAAGUGUAUAUUGCUCCAAAAAAUCGUGGUUUACAGACCUACAACCAAUAUAUCUGUAUGUGUUUGUGUAUAUACAAACGAGGAUGUGUGUGUGCGUAUAUAGAUACACACACAGACACAAACGUGUAUAUAUGUUUUCUCUCAAUACUUGAAACUUAGCCACUGUGCUUGAAGUAAAAAAAAAAAAACCACAAAAAACAAAACCCACCCCAAAAAUGGGGGGAAAAAAAAAGAAAAAAUCGGACAGCUGAUUUAUUUUGCCAUCACUUUGGUGACUUUCUUUUUUAUCUAACUGCAUGUAGCGUGAAACCAACUUUUUUGGUGGAAAAAUAUUUAUUGCUUUGUAGACAAUAAGGUAUGCAAGAAAAAAAAAAAAAAGAAAAAAGAGAAAACACCCCAAAAACCAGCCCCCGCCGUUGGUGAAGUUGCUAGUGUUGUCCGCCUGCUAUCGUCAUGGCUUUGUUCCUGUUGCAGCGUUUGUGUCUGGCGUCUUUACUUAGAUUUCAAGAAACCUCAGUCUAAUAAACACGUAUCUUCAGGUUUGUGAGAGCGUAUGAUGGAUGUUCUUUAUAAGGUAAUGCUUGAGACUUUGUCAACAUUUUUUUAUUUGUGUUUUCGUGUGACUUUUUUGGGGGGGGCUUUAAAUUGUACAACAUCAAUUUAAGAAAAUAAAAUCGAUUUGAAAUUGUUA